AACUGUAUAAUCAUUAACUCUUUGUCUUAGAGGAACAGUUUUGAUUCCUGACAAUCCAGUAGGAAGGUCUACUGUGAGUAGAAAUUGAAUAACUGAGCCUGAUAUCCAGCAGGAGUAGUGAGAACCAGAUAAAGGCUUUUCUAGUGUAAGAUGACCCAAGUAAGAUUUUGUGGAUCCAGAUACAUGUUCCGAUCUUGAUGACUGCUCAGUUUCACCUUCAGUCCUCCAGAGUUUUAAAUAUUCUCAGAACCAAAACACAUGGGGUACACAAUUUGUAUUUCUUUUUACUUAUGGAAUAAACCUAAGACAUGCUCACUUUCAUGGAGUACCUUUGGCUGGAUGGGUGUGACGUGACAUCAGGAAUGCAAACCCUGGGUGUGCUUCAGGCAGCAGAACCAAGCUAGGGCAGCCGACUUCACUUGUUCUUCCAAGGAAUUCCCCUAAUUUAAUUGUAUUUGGAGACCUCUCCUGUGAACACUAUCCUCACUCUUCCUGUUUCCAGUCUCGUGUCAGAGCUACUACUGACCAUAACUGCAGCUGAAACGAGAAGGAAAUGAGCUGGCUCUGUGCUCACUUCAGAGGCAGAAGUCCUCACAGAGGACCCUCUUCUGAGACAGAAGCAAUGAAAAGGCAGAGCUCUCCUCAGGAGCAUGAGAUUAUUGAAUUACCGGAACAAAAAGUGGAGGAAAGUGAGACUGAUCAUGACAAGCCUCUAAAUGCUCAAACGAGAAAGGAGAGAGAUCCCUGGAAAUCAUGCAAGAAUGUAGUUUUCUGGAAGUGUAAACUAUGGAUGGUUAUAUCUAUGAUGUUUCUAGUGAUCUUCCUGGUCAUUCUCAUCAGCCUAAUUCUUUAUUCUAAUAUUUACACAGAUGAGGAUGACUACUGGGAUCCUGAUGAAUUACUAAGAAAUGGAAAUUUUCACAAUUUUUCAGGAACAUUGGAGUUAAUGUGUGGUCUCUCACACUUCUCCUCUGAGGACAUUACUAAAAGGCUAACAGAGGUCUACAACUCAUCUCCAGCUUUAGGACGUUACUUUAGGUCAGCUCAGGUGAUUUCUUUCAGUAAUGAAAGCUCCACUGUAAUUUAUCAGCUAGUGUUUUGUGUACCACCAUCAACAGAGGGAUUUAUGGAGAACAGUAUGAACCCAGAUUUUAUAAGAAACAUUUUACGUCAAAAUAUUUAUGAUGAAGAUACUCUUAAUCCUGGGACAUCUGAAUGUGACAGGUUAAAGCUCAACCUGACUUCUCUCAUAUAGAAAUUAUGGAAAGAUUCCUCAUCUUCAUCACCACCUAGAAGAGAUGCGAUUCCCCAUCUAUAAGUAAUCCCAGGGCAGGGAACUAUUCAUUAGGUAGAAACACUUCUAAAAUUGUUGUCCUAUAAAUAUGGCCUGUGGUGCAAUACUGUAAAUGAAAAAUGUGGUAUAUUUAUGACAGUGUUGUAUUGCUAUAGCACCACUACCUCCUUCUUCCAUAUCUUAGUAAUCCAUUUCACCCUUGAGAAAAUCAUGUAUUUGAUGCAUGCUCUGUUGACUUUGAAAGCUCUGCUUUGCCUUGGCUUAUGAUUAAAUCUGAAUGUUCUGCAUGAGCUUUGAAAGCAGUCUUGCACAUGACUUCUUUCUUUUUCUCUUGGUUUAUACAAAAUAAUCUAUGCAGCUUCAUCCUCAAUGCUCACUUCCACUCAAACUCAUAUCUGUUAUUUUUUUCCCUCCAAACUUCAUAUGUCACAUUUACUUGUUGCUCUUUCCUUGUAAAACAGCCUGAAAACCUAAAUACGUGUGUGUGUGUGUGUGUGUGUGUGUAUUCUUGAAUUACAUGCAAGGCCUUUGCACUAGCUUCUUAAGAAUGCUUUAGCUCUCAUAAUUUCCUUAUUCUUCCUACAGCCUCCUUGGAUAAGGUGCUCUUUGCUCUAUUUUUCUCUUCUUCAGUGUGAAAUACGAAAGAAGAAAGCAACAGCAUGAAGAGACAUGUCUCGUUCACUAACAAAGCUGAAUGUCACAGGAAUACUUAAAGGGUCGAAUUAGCAGUGUGCUUUUACAGCUAGGUACUGCUACUAGUGAAUAGACAGAUACGUGACCUGGUUUUGUAAACCUGAAAAUUUGUAAGUCUAUAUCCUUAAUUAUAGUUCCUGCCUAGCACUGGGGAUAAAAAUGAAGAGAUGUAAGAUAUUUGCCUUAAUAAGGCAGUAAAUAGUUGUUCUUGUUGGUGAGAGACCAAAGGAGAUGAAUCAGUGCCAAGAGUGGUGCUGGAGCAGAAGACAGGCCAGAGUGGCACAAAAGUUACAGGCAGUAACUGGCUACAACAUAAAAGUUAAGCAUUAACUUUAUGCAGAAUGGAACAUAUUCACUACCAUGUGAGUGAAUUGCAUCUUGUCAUUUAUUUAUAGUCUUAUAAAUGUUAGUGCUGUUGGAUAGAACUUUUAUUUUAAAAAGCAUUUUGUAUUGUAAGAAAUAUGUCAUGGAAAAUUGUUUUUCUCUUUCUAAUAUUACUAGUUUAUUUAAGAAGUAAUCUGACAAUGUUAUUGUGCAUUAAAUUAUUUAUUUUUUGCUCUUAAA